UGGCAAACUAGAGUGAUUUGAAGUUUCUCCUGGAGGACUGGAAUCAUUUUCUGCCAGGACCGAGGACAGCACUCAGAUAGCAGACCGGCCGCUGGGAACGAUCUGGAUCAUGAAGGCCACGCAGUUGGAGAAGCCCACGUUCAAAAGGCGUGCUACAUUCACAAUUUUCUUCGCGUGCAUUGCCACGGUUUUUCUGUCAAUCUACUUGGACGAAAAGAGGGUUUUAUGGGGAAACGUACUUCCACUGACCCAGAAUGAAGAGGACCCUACCAAGUCAUUACAUCAGGAAAAAAAUGGAACUGCUACUCUAACAGAAGACGACUUCUGCAAGUUCCGUGCUCUUUCACAUAAAGAAGAAGUUGAAGAGCGUGUGCUACUAGAAUCUUAUGCUUGGCCUCAAACUCCAUCAUUACCUGAUCCAUUUUCCAUCCAACAAACCAGCAGCCCUGCUGGCAGCUCAUUUACCAUUUUGCCCAGACAUGGAGAGCAACUGUGGCAUGUCGGUGACCAACUUGAAGUUAUGAUAAACAUGCUGGAUUUUCAAGGAAAUCCUAAAACCACAGGAGGUGACUUUUUAAUAGCUCGACUCCACAACCCAGUUCUACUCGCUGGUGUUGCUGGGCGGGUUGUCGAUCAUCUCAACGGCUCCUACUCUGCUGUGUUUCCGCUUCUCUGGGAUGGAAAGGCAGCCGUCGAGGUGAAACUGGUCCAUCCUAGCGAAGCCAUCACAGUGCUGUGCAGAGUUGCCAGAGAACUGCCAGACCGAGUGAACUUCAGAGGUGUUUUCCGUAAAGGCAGAGUCUCUGAAACAACAGUGUGCAAUGUUUGCCUGCGUCCCACUGAGGGGCCCGUAUGUGACUUCACUGACGUCAGGACCGGUGAGACCUGGUUCUGCUACAAGCCGAAGAAGCUGGACUGCAGUGAUAGAAUACUUCACAACAAGAUGGCAUUUGCAGAGCAAUUUGGUCUCAAUGAGAAGGUGCUGUUUCAAAGUGGGACCAACCUGAAAGUGGCUGUACCUGCGUCAGGGCCCGAGAGUGUGAACGUGUUGCCUGUGAAAAGAGAUACAAAAGACCAAAGUCUGGAUUUAGGAAUGUCUGGAUUUUAUUACCAAGGCCUUUGGAAAUCUUUGAGUGGAACCCCAACUCGACAUUUUGACACGCCGGUUUCCAUCAGCCAGUGUCUGCAGGGAAAAGUGCUCCACCUGUUUGGGGACUCUACCAUUAGGCAGUGGUACACAUACUUCAUCGAAAAAGUACCAGGGCUGAAGCAGUUUGACUUGCACACAAGUCAGUUUACAGGACCUCUGCUGGCCUUGGAUUAUCAAAGGAACAUCAUGGUGAAGUUCAGUAUCCACGGGCCGCCCAUCAACUUCCCCAACAUCCCUGUUGCUCAGCUUCACUACAUCGCGAAUGAACUGGAUGAAAUUGUCGGGGGACCAAACACAGUUGUGGUUAUUGGUGUCUGGGGUCACCUUGGAGCGUUCCCCAUAAGGAUUUACAUCCGACGUCUGCAAAGCAUCCGCCAGGCUGUGAUUCGACUGCUCACCAGAUCCCCGAAAACAACAGUUGUCAUUCGGACAGCGAACUUUAAGAGCCAGACGCCUUUAGUAACAUGGGUAGGAAGUGACUGGUACUCAGUGGAGCGGGACAAGAUCCUCAGGGCUAUGUUCAAGCAUGUGAAUGUCCGCUGGGUGGAUGCCUGGGAGAUGACCUUGGCUCACUAUCUUCAACAUGACCUUCAUCCUCAAGCCCCCAUCGUCAAAAAUAUGAUUGACGUCCUGUUAUCCUACGUUUGUCCUCUGAGGCGAUAUGGCCGACGCAGAAUGUAAAAUCAACUUCCUGUCUCGAGUCAUGAAACCCUGAAACAGCAGGUAAUGCCACUAGAGGACAGUCUGAAAGAGCCUGCAGUGGACAGCUGUGCUGUAAGGCAUUCCAAUCCAUUACCAAGCAACAUUUAGAGAGAUGUGAUUCAUGAAGGGGGAUCAUGAGGGUACUUCAAUGCCAGGUGGACCUUUGUGUCCAAUGUUGAGGCAGAAGUUUUGCCUCGCUGCGAUAAGCUGAUGCCUUGGACCCAAAUCCAACUUGCUCAGACGUCCUCCGUGACACAUGCAAUGUCCCUCACUGGCAGUUGACUUUUGAAGGCACCUUUAAGAACCAAUAGUUGAUAAACCCCAGGUUGUUGUUGAUGUGCACCUGUCAUAUGAUAGCACAAAGAUUCCAAUUUGAAAUGGAGGGUCAAUUAAUAGAUGCAUGAAUGAUCGACUUUAUUAUUUUUUUUUUUUUAAGGGAAAUCACUCUUUGAGUGUGACACUGAAUUCAAGCCUCAGGUAUCACUAAUCACUAAUUGUGUUUAGGAAAGUCACUUCAUGUUGAUGUUCAUUGUUUUGUUCUCCUUCGAGGUAAAUACGACCACUGUUUGGACAUGUUUCUUUCCUCCAUUCUUUUUAGUAAACCCUGGCAAAUGGGGAGGAUAAAGGUAUAUCACAAAAUGCAAGUAGUUCUGUCAUGUUUAUAUGAGUUUACAUGUAAUUUUAUUCAGUGAAUAAAAGAAGCAAUGCGGACACAGCGAGAGGAAGAUACACGCACUGCAAAAACACUCAUACAUAUGAACUGUACUUGAAACAAGUAAGAAAUUAUUUGUCCAAGCAGCAAUUUAUAUACAUUUUAAUCAUUUCACGUGAUCACCCACAAGACAGGCUAUUUCCCAUAAAACCACCAUGCACCGAGUGACACCACAAUGUAUACUGUAUGCAUAAUACAUAUCUAUAAAAGGUGCUUCAAGUUCUUCAAUAUCCAGCGCCAUCAAAUAUGUAAUUUCACUCUCAUUUACUUAUCUUCACUAUCAAACAUCUGUUUACUUCAUAUACUGCAGAUUACCCAAAUAUUCCACACAUAUUUUUAUUAUAUUCAAUACAAAUUACCUUAGCAUAUAAUUAUC